AUGUCCAGCAGACAAGGCGGCAAACUCAAGCCUCUCAAGGCCCCUAAGAAAGAGAAGAAGGACGAAACCGAGGAUGAGAUCGCCUUCAAGGAAAAGAAGAAGCAGGAGGCGGAGGCGUUGAAGGCUGCGCGGGACAAGGCGCUGAAAGGUGGGCCGAUGGGCGGGUCGGGGAUCAAGAAUAAUUGGACAGUCGAGAACAAACCUCGUCCUCAACCAUCCCGUCCCCUCGUCCUCAUGUUGGGCCCCCUGCAGAGUCUCCAGCCCAACCCACAGCAGCAGCAGAACCAGCAGCAGCAACAGGGUCAACAACACCAACAAGGCCAGCAAGGCAACAUACCCCCGCCGCCACCUCAGAACGGCCAGGACUACACACUUUCCAGUGUCCUCCACUAUCUCCAAACAGAAUGGAGGCGUUAUGAACGCGACCGAAAUGAGUGGGAGAUUGAACGUGCAGAAAUGAGGGCUCGUAUUGCGCUUCUGGAAGGAGAACGGAGGUCCUUCGAAAACGUCAAGCUCGACCUCAUGAGACGUAUAAAGAUGCUCGAGUAUGCCCUGCGUGUCGAAAGAUCCAAACAACUUUCACAACCAGCAUCAAUACCGCCCACAAAACUCUCUUCUAUUCAAGCGAAUGUCGGUGCUUCCAAAGAGGAUUCACAGAGCCAGAAAGGGGAGAGCGGUGGUAGCUCACCCAGGAGCGAAGACUCUCCCUUACCAGACGCACGGCUCCCUAACGGCAACUCCUCUAAUGGACCUAAUACGCGACCGCAUUCUUGGGGAGCCUCAAACUGGGCCAACCUUCCUGCUGGUGGAACAAUUGCCAGUCUCGGGAAACCGCCGCUGGGAAGAGAUCCGAAGAGUAGAGCACGGAGUCGUGAUUACUUGAAGCAGUGCCUGCAAGAGAUUUCUUAUCUUACGUCUCCUCAAGCAAUGAACCCUUUACCAAACCGACCGCUGCUGAACAAUCCUUCUGCUCCACUUUCUUUGCCCAAUGUUCCUUCCUUCGAACAAAUUGCAUUCAACGGCCGACCGCGAAAAGUACUACCAGAAGCCGGCAAAGAGUUCCCGCUUCUCAAUGGACUCCCAGGUUCUGCAGCCUCUGCGAACACCGGUGGCAACUCCCAACUGCCUAUCCUUGAAAGGAACAGUCAUAGUUCUGGAAUGGUCCAACAGCAGCAAUCCCACAUGUCUCAAAUGGUGCCCCAAAAUCCAAGUCAACCUCAACUCUCGUCACCAACACAAGCCGGCGGAGAAAGAGAUUCUGAUUUUGAAAACCGUCAAUUGACGGCCAUUUUCCGUCCUGAUGACAAUGGUGAAUGGAAGGAGAAACUUCGCCUAUCGCAUGAAGCUGCUGAAAAGUCCCGGGCGGCAAGGGAGUAUCAACAGUCCACCGGCGCUGAUCCUGGCUCAUGGGAGAGGCAACGAGAAGAGGAAGAGGAGGCAAAGGAAGAGGAAGCUGAGGUUGAGGACGAGGAGUCCAGUUUAGUCGGAGAGGGAGAAGGAACUAAACUGUGGAAGGCCAAAAGGACGCUAAGAAAUCACCUCGAUGCUGUCCGUGCACUUGCUUUCCAUCCAACGGAACUUUGCCUGGCGACUGGAGGGGAUGACUGCACUGUUAAGAUCUGGAGAAUGGAUGUUGCCAGCCUGGCUUCCUCAGCGGCACGCGCUACGACCGAAGUUGAACCCCAAUUGACGCUUCGCGGCCAUUCUGCUGCAAUUACACGCUUGAUACAUUCUCCCUCCAAACAACUGCUGUAUUCCGCUUCUCUAGAUUCCUCGAUCCGAAUCUGGGCACUUCCUUCGCCGUCUCACACGACAUAUGCUCCAUAUGACGAAACGCGGUCGCGUGGAGAACUUGUUGGACACACCGAUGCCGUGUGGGAUCUGGCGCUCGUCAGGGAUGAGAGCACACUGAUCAGUUGUGGUGCGGAAGGUUCUGUCAAAGUCUGGGACGUGAGCGGACCGUCUGGUGGUGGUUCACUUAAGCUGACGUGGGGAUGGCAUGGAGUCGAGAACCCUAACGAUCUGCACGACAACGUUAACACGCCUGGUGCGACUGCUGUGGAGGCUAUUAAGACGGACCUCAAGAAGGUCGCUGUCGCUUACCAGAACGCCAUCGUCAAAGUCUUUGACAUUGAGGCUGGCAGGGAGUUGUCGCGGCUAGAAAGUGACAUGAGCUACGAUGGAACGCCUGCCACCCAGAUCAACCGCAUCGUUUCACACCCUACAAUGUCAAUCCUCGUUACUGCCCAUGAGGACAAAUUCAUUCGCAUUUUUGAUCUGACAACAGGACAAUGUACACACUCCAUGCUGGCGCACCUCGAUGGUGUCACGUCUCUCUCGAUCGACGCGCCUGGCUUCUCCCUCGUUUCCGGCAGCCACGACUGUUCCGUCAGAUUUUGGGAUCUGCUCGGUUCGCGUUCUUGUGUCCAGGAGCUCACGACGCAUCGCGAAAAGGCGCGGGAAGGCGUACUGGAUGUAGAAUUCCAUCCUUCGCUACCCUUCAUGGCGAGUGGUGGCGCCGAUGGCGUUGUAAAACUGUACGCUUCAUCAUAA